AUGGGGGACUGGCAAAAGGGAUCUUGGGUUUGGUAUUUCAUAUGGCGAAGGAACCUGUACGAAUGCAAAAAUGACGAGGUCUCAAGACUCAAGAACCACAUUGAACAGAUUAGACCAGUUAGGGAUAGGGAAGAUAGGGUGGUCUGGAAACACUCGGGUAGUUUGUACAAUCCUACAAAGAGCAUUGGGGCGAAAAUGUUUAAAGACCAAGAGCCCAUUCUAUCCAAACCUAUAAUCAAUCUCGUAUGGCAGAAAUUCAUCCCUCCAAGAGCACAGUUGUCCAUAUGGUUGGAAAAUCUGGAAAAACUAAAAACUGGUGAUUUUCUUGCAGAAAAAGGGUAUUAUUGA